UUGAUUCAUAUACCUGCAAGCACUAGUGUGUCACUCUUGGUUGUCUAUAGUUUGUCUUGUUUGACAAAAAGGACGAAAAUCUGAGUUUGACGGGAACUUUUUCUUAUUUAUUUUACGAAAACCAAUGUUAUUUAAUGGGUUAAUCGGAAUAAAGAAUGGAGAACUUGUAUUGUCGCUUCUGUGCGGAGCCUAGAAGCUCUGAAAAGCUUCUAAACUUACAGAACGACUCCGAAAGACACGACGAAAUAAUCGUGAAGCUCGCAUUUGUAAACGCUGUGUAUGUUAACGUAAGUAGCAAUGAUAUGUUGCCGAAAACGGUUUGUUUCAUUUGCUACGACAACCUAAACAAAGCGUACGAGUUCCUAGACAACGUGAAACGCGCACAAGAUGUUUUAUCCAAGAUGUUUACGAGUGCAGAUGAAAACAAAUGCGACCUUUCAGACGACGAUAGGAUGCCUGGCUUCGACGAUUUUCUUUGCAAUGACGACGCUGCGGCCGUAAAACUAGAGGAUGAAGCCCACAACAAGUACUCAGAAACUUCCGAACUUGAGAUUAGUUUACACGUUAAACGUGAAAUGAAAGAAGAGCCUGAUGUUGACGACCAGACAUAUGACGACUCGCUAAACGUUCAAGAUAUUCUCGACGCUGCGAUAUGUAACGCAUCUUUUAAUUCUAACGUCACAAUAUACGCUAAAGAGGUUUCUGAUCUGAGUAAAAAGGUUGUUAGAUCAUGGAAGGAUUAUCCUUGGGUCUGUGGCUACUGUAAUAUUGAGUUUCUGAAUAUAGAUAUGUUGCGAUCUCAUUGUAAAGUGGUGCAUGGCAAAUGUUCGGCUUUUAUGUGUAUUGAUUGUAAGGCAGGAAGGAAUGAGGACUUUACUAGCUUUGUUAAACAUGUUCGGAAACACAGGAAGAUACUGAGGAACCAUUGCUACUAUUGUGACUUAGUAUUAGACAAAACAGAAAACUUAACUACCCACAUAAAAGAACACUUCUUAAAAUCACAACUACCCUGCCCGCUGUGCGGUGAAAUACUUAAAAAUGAGGACUCAUUGAAACUACAUUUACGAGACUUUAAUAUUACAAAACAGAAACGCAGGCCGAGAAGAAAACCCGGAACUCCUAUCACAAUAGAAGAUUUAACUUGUAAGUUAUGUAAAAAGGUGUACAAGAAUCCCAACAGUCUCCGAGACCACAUGAAGCUGCACACAAUAGACCGCAAACGUAAUUACACUUGCGACAGAUGCGGUAAAAUGUUUUACAAUAAAGGUACUCUCACAUCACACAUACUGUCACAUGAUAAGAACCGUCCGCAUGUGUGUAGGAUAUGCAACAAGUCUUUUCUGUAUCCUAAUAUGUUAAGGCGGCACGUUGAAAUGCAUUCCGGCGUGAAACCGUUCUCUUGCGAGCAAUGCGGAAGGUGUUUUAGACUGCAGUACCAAUUAAAUGCGCACAAAAUCAUACAUACGGACUCCAUGCCUUAUGUAUGCUCGUAUUGUAAUAAAGCAUUUCGAUUUAAGCAGAUAUUAAAGAAUCAUGAGAGACAACACACGGGUGCCAAACCUUAUUCUUGCCAGCACUGCGGGAUGGAAUUUACAAACUGGUCAAAUUACAAUAAACAUAUGAAACGGAGACAUAAUACGGACACAUCUAAGAAGAAAAUAACACCGGACGGAGUGUUCCCGGUGAAUCCGCAGACAGGACAGAUCAUGCAAGUACAGGAUCCAGUCGGUACUGAAGAAUGGAAGACUAAAAUUAUGAUUCCUGGUAAAAGAGGGAAAAAGAAAAGUAUAAAACAGGAGGAUAUUUAGCUAGAAUUUGUAAAAGAUGUGUAUAUUUGGUGAAAGUUAAAAAAGAAGUUAGCACUAUUUGUUUUUUAGCUAAAAUGGCCCUUGAAGUAUGAAGUUAUAAGAUGCAUUUUUUUUUUGAGGCUCUGCUCCUGAAUUCAUAUGUAGAUAGAUGGUGACUUUAGUAUUGUUGACAAAAGCAAGAUCAUACAAAUGAAAUAACAAUUAAAUAUAAUAGGUUUGAAAACCGCGCGAAUUGUUGCACAAGAGAAUUUUCUCAAGGUCGCCCCAUCCAUAAAAAUAGCACAUAAUCUGAUAGACAUCAUAUGACACUGGCAGAGCUAAUAUAAUAAUUUAUGGAAAAAAGGGGGUUUGCAAUGUAAUAAUUUUUCCUUUAAGGGGCUCAAAAACCCAUGAACACUAACAAUUAGAAAUUUAGUAAAUGGUCAAUGAGUAAAUCCUAUUAUUUUGAUCGCCAGUGUUAAUUGUAAUCAUAGUAUUAUUAAAUAGUGAUUUAUUUAUGUUAUCAACACUAAUGUAAUGAAGAGGAAACAUUUUUUUGUUUGUUUGUUUGUACUCUAAAGGCUUCGAAACUACUGAACCGAUUUCGAAAAUUUUUCACUGCUGGGAAGCUGCACUCUUCACGAGUAACAUAGGCUGUAUUUUAUCCCGGUACGGGCAGUAGUUCCCAAGGGACGCGGGUGAAACGGCUAUCAACGGCUAGUAGAUUAUACAAUAGGUAUACAUACUUCAGUUGCACUCUGCUUUCAACUAGGGAAAUGCAAUAUAUUUUUAUUAUUACAUACAUAAUAUGACAUGUAAAGCACACAGUAUUAGAUUAAAAUGUUUGGUAAAA